AUGCCUUCUCCUUCCCUGUUCUUCGUCAUCAUCACACUUGCUCUGUUUCUAUCCUCGAGCAUAACCGCAGCAGCUAAAACCGGACCAAAGAAGCCACCACCCAACCACCCGCCGCCGCCGCCGCCGCCGCCGCCCAAUCAUCCGCGCCUGCCUCGACAGCAUGGCAUUACUACCACAAAAGCGCCACCGCACCCUGGCUACCUGCCCAGCUCCAAGUUCAAGCCCACCAGCUUCCGCAAAUGUUACAGAAACCUUUGGGGCGAGGGGCAUCAAAAGCUCGACCCAUCCGGUCUGACCGUGUGGCUCGACCGCGCUUCAGGAAGUGGGUUCAAGUCAGUGAAACCAUAUCGAUCUGGGUAUUUUGGCACUUCCAUUAAGCUCCAAUCUGGCUACACCGCCGGAGUUAACACUGCUUUCUAUCUCUCCAACAGUGAAGCUCAUCCAGGGAACCACGACGAAGUGGACAUCGAGUUCCUGGGCAAGACAUUCGACGAGCCUUACACUUUGCAGACCAACGUCUACAUUAGGGGAAGUGGGGAUGGAAGGAUCAUCGGGAGGGAGAUGAAGUUCCACCUCUGGUUCGAUCCCACCAAAAAUUUCCACCACUAUGCCAUCAUCUGGAACCCCAGAGAGCUCAUAUUCUUGGUGGACGAUGUGCCAAUAAGGAGGUACGCGAGGAAAAGCGCGGCGACGUUUCCACUGAGGCCGAUGUGGGUGUACGGUUCCAUAUGGGACGCGUCGGCUUGGGCCACGGACGACGGCAAGUACAAAGCGGACUACAGGUACCAGCCGUUCGUGGCGACCUACAAGAACUUCAAGGCCACGGGUUGCACCGCCUACGCGCCGCGGUGGUGCAGGGCGGCCACCGCGUCGCCGUACCGGAGCGGCGGCAUGACCCGGCAGCAGUACAGCGCGAUGAGAUGGGUGCAGAGGAACCAUAUGGUGUACAACUAUUGUUGGGACUCGUCAAGGGACCGUUCCCUAACGCCAGAGUGCAGAAUGUGACAACAACAAAAAAAACACAAAGAUUGGAGAAAAAGAGAGGGGGGCAUAUUUGGGAAAAUGGAAAUUAGUCAAAUUUGUCUUGGGUGUCAUUUUCACAAGUGUUAUAUGUUUUUAUUUUUAUUUUUGGGGGGGUAAUAAGUUAUUAUGUUAUUAUUAUUUUUAAGUAUAUGUGUCCUUGUACUUGUUGUGACUUGUGAGCAAGCAUUAUUGAAGAAGGGCAGUUGGGAUAUUGAGUUUUAGUGGGUGAAAGAGAAGGUGUUACAAUGAGAAUUGGGUAAAAAUCAUUUUUU